CGGGACCAUUGCCCCCCAAUUCCUCAUUGAGUUGACAACAUUGCAGCGGCGGCGGCGGCUCCCCAUGGCCUCCGAGCAGCCACCAAGUCCGCCGCCGUCGGAACCCGCCCCUACCACCAUAACCGGCCUCGGCGGCGACCUCCUCCGCGAGAUAUUCCUCCUCCUCCCGUCCCUGCCGAGCCUCGUGCGCGCGGCCUUCGCGUGCCGCACCUUCCUGGACGCCGUCCGCUCGUUCCCCGCCUUCCGCCGCCGCUUCCGCGAGCUGCACCCGCAGCCGCUCCUGGGCAUCUUCUUCGACCCGGACGGCCCGGCCAUCCCUUCCUUCGCGCCCUUCCGCCGCCGGGACGACCCGGACCGACGGGCCGCCGUCCGGCGCGGCGACUUCUUCCUCACCGGCCUCCCCGACGACGAAGACGACGCGCGUCCUGGCUGGGUGAUAAACGACUGCCACGACGGGUACCUGGUGCUCGAGCACAUCUACACGCGGGAUGCCCUCGCGUACAACCCGCUCACGCUGGCGCUGGAUCUCCUGCCGCCGCUGCCGGAGGAGUUCUACGACGACUUCCAGGGCUACUACACCGGCCUCGACUACCACAUCCACGCCCCUGACGAGCUCGACGGGGCGUUCCGCGUGAUGUACGCCUGCCACGACGACUUGCGGGCGCGCGCGGCGGUCUUCUCGUCGGACACCAGGGCGUGGCAGGUCCUCCCCUACUCCGAAGCUCUGAGGGCGACGCCUCAGUCCGGCGAGCAUGAGCACUGGCUUACCGAUGGCAGGAUCGUGGACGGGUUCAUCUACUGGGUGUACUCGGAUGAAGACGCCAUGCUCGUGCUCGACACCACCACACUGCACUUCUCCCGGGUAGAUUUCCCGGACUACUUGAAGGGACUAACCAGCAUGUUCAGGGUUGGCAAGACCAGGGAUGGGGUGCUCUGCUGCGUCGUUGCGAUUGAAUUCAACCUUUAUGUUUGGCUCCGGGAGGUUCGCGAUGAUGGCGUCGAGGAGUGGGUGAGAGGCCAGCUGUUUCAGUUAGAUGACAUUGUUGAGGAGACCGGGGGUACACUUGAGGAACAUGGCCAGCUCAAGGUUCUGAGUGUUGUCGAUGGAGUUGUCUACUUCUCUACCCAUGAGACCUUCGAAGAUGCUAGUCUUCCUUGCUGGUUCCUAUCCAUAGACCUGGAGGAAUACAACAUGGACUUGCUCUUUCAGAGGAACUAUGACAGUCGCAUCCAUCCCUACAUUAUGCCUUGGCCUCGUUCUUUGGUACGCAACAAGGCGUGUCUUCAAGUUGAAGGUGCUUGAUGAAAUGUAGACAAGAUCUGUACUACUUCAGAAAAGUGUCUUACUGCCUCUACCAUCCCUGAACUAGUGUGCUUAUUUCAUGCAAACUGGGAUCUCAAGCAUGGCCUUAUUAAUCAUCAGGCCGCCUCCCUUGGAAUGUCGUAGCAACUACAAGUCCUGAACACGAUGGAUGGAUCAUAUGUGGAGGUCGGAAGUGUAUCUGUAUUUGCAUCUCAGAGAUGUCAAGGAGCAUUGAUAUUAAUCUUUUGGGUAUCUCUAUUUGGCUAGUGUUCAGAAGGCUAUAAACCUUGUUAACAUCAUGGGGUUAAUUUGUGCUUUUUAUCAUGGUUAUUCAAAUGAUUUGACCUUUAAA